AUGGAAAAUGUGUACUACAGAAUUUUGAUACCUCCUAAGGCCAUCAGUGGUUGUUUUCAGUCCAGCUCAGAUAUGGAUAUCUCAAAAUCUCCCUUGCUUCAAAAUAAGUUCUCAGUGGCCCGUCUGGCCGAAGACUUUUUCUGGGUUGGUGGCAGCAUCGUCGCUUCCCCGAGAUGGAAAAUCGGCCACUUUGUGGAAAGAUGUAUGAGCUCCAUGCAGGCAGGCACCCAGAUGAUCAAACUCCGUGGUGGCUCCAAGGGGCUGGUCCGCUUCUACUACUUGGAUGACCACAGGUCGUGCAUUCGCUGGAGACCCUCUCGGAAGAAUGAGAAAGCCAAAAUUUCCAUCGACUCCAUCCAGGAGGUGUGUGAGGGGAAGCAGUCGGAGAUCUUCCAGCGCUACGCCGACGGCAGCUUCGAUCCCAACUGCUGCUUCAGCAUCUACUAUGGGGACCACAUGGAAUCCCUGGACCUGGUGUCCUCCAGUGCUGAGGAAGCACGGACCUGGAUCACAGGGCUGAAGUACCUGAUGGCAGGGAUCAGCGACGAGGACAGCCUCUCCAAACGCCAAAGGACCAGAGACCAGUGGUUGAAGCAGACAUUUGAUGAGGCAGAUAAAAAUGGGGAUGGCAGUCUGAGUAUUAGUGAAGUGCUGCAGCUCAUGCACAAACUGAAUGUGAACCUACCCCGACAGAAAGUCAAGCAAAUGUUUAAGGAGGCUGACACAGAUGACAACCAGGGCACACUGGACUUUGAGGAGUUCUGUGCCUUCUACAAGAUGAUGUCGACGCGGCGCGAUCUGUACCUGCUGAUGCUCACCUACAGCAACCACAAGGACUACCUGGACACGGAUGACCUGAAACGCUUCUUGGAGACUGAACAGAAGAUGUCAAAUGUGACUAAAGAACAUUGCCUGGAAAUCAUCAGUAAGUUUGAGCCAUGCCCAGAAAACAAGAAGGAGGGAGCCCUGGGAAUUGAUGGUUUCACCAAUUACAUGCGGAGUCCAUCGGGGGACAUAUUCAACCCAGAGCAUUACCAAGUGAACCAGGACAUGAGCUACCCUCUGAGUCACUAUUUCAUUACCUCUUCACACAACACCUACCUCAUGGGAGAUCAGCUGAUGUCCCAGUCCAGGGUGGACAUGUAUGCAUGGGUGCUGCAGUCUGGCUGUCGCUGCGUGGAAGUUGACUGCUGGGAUGGGCCAGACGGGGAGCCAAUUGUCCACCAUGGAUACACCUUGACUUCUAAAAUCCUCUUCAAAGAUGUGAUUGAAACUAUCAACAAAUAUGCCUUUAUCAAGAAUGAGUACCCUGUGAUCCUGUCAAUUGAGAACCACUGCAGCAUCCUGCAGCAGAAGAAAAUGGCUCAGUAUCUUAUAGAAAUCCUAGGAGACAAACUGGAUCUGUCUUCUGUGCACAACGAUGACUCCACAAAGCUCCCUUCACCAGCAAGUCUUAAAGGGAAGAUCCUGGUUAAGGGCAAGAAACUUCCAGCCAACAUCAGCGAUGAUGCAGAGGAAGGAGAAGUUUCUGAUGAGGACAGUGCUGAUGAGAUUGAUGAUGACUGUAAACUAAUGAAUGGAGAUGCAUCUGCUAACAGGAAAAGAGUGGAGAAUAUAGCGAAGAAAAAACUUGACUCACUAAUAAAAGAAUCCAAAAUCCGUGACUGUGAAGAUCCAAACAAUUUUACAGUUUCCACUCUACCAUCCUCAGGAAAGGCUGGGCUGAAGUCUGAUAGUAAGAAGAGUAAACUUGAGGAUGAUGUGGAAUCCGGGGAAGAUUUCAGUGCCAGCAAAAGGCACAGCCGGUCACUCAUGGGCAGCUUUUCCAAACGCAAGAAAAAAGGAAGCAAAUUGAAAAAGGCAUCAAGUCUGGAAGAGGGUGAAGAUGAUUCGGAUUCUCAAGGGAAUUUAGCUGGGAGCUCUGUACAUUGCAGCAGGGUAAACCGACAGAAGAAGACAAUGAAGCUGUCCAGGGCCCUGUCUGACCUGGUGAAAUACACGAAGUCUGUAGGCAUCCAUGAUGUUGAAACUGAAAUCUCUUCCAGCUGGCAGGUUUCAUCUUUCAGUGAAACCAAAGCCCACCAGAUCCUGCAGCAGAAGCCAGCACAGUACCUACGCUUCAACCAGCACCAGCUGUCCCGCAUCUACCCCUCCUCCUACCGAGUGGACUCCAGCAACUACAACCCCCAGCCUUUCUGGAAUGCUGGCUGCCAACUUGUUGCACUAAACUACCAGUCAGAGGGGAGAAUGCUGCAACUGAACCGGGCCAAAUUUAGUGCCAAUGGGAACUGUGGCUAUGUCCUCAAACCAAACUGCAUGUGUCAAGGUGUCUUUAAUCCAAAUUCUGAAGACCCACUGCCUGGUCAAUUGAAGAAACAGUUGGUUCUAAGAAUUAUCAGUGGUCAACAACUUCCCAAACCACGUGAUUCCAUGCUGGGAGACAGAGGAGAGAUCAUAGAUCCAUUUGUUGAAGUAGAAGUCAUAGGCUUACCUGUUGAUUGCUUCAAAGAACAAACCAGAGUAGUUGAUGAUAAUGGUUUUAACCCCAUGUGGGAGGAGACGUUGGUGUUCACAGUGCACAUGCCAGAGAUUGCCUUGAUCCGGUUCCUCGUGUGGGAUCACGACCCCAUCGGGAGGGAUUUCAUCGGGCAGAGGACAAUAGCCUUCAGCAGUAUGAUGCCAGGUUACAGACACGUGUACCUGGAAGGCAUAGAAGAGGCUUCCAUCUUUGUGCAUGUGGCUAUAAAUGACAUCUGUGGUAAGGCCAAACAAGCUCUAGGUCUAAAAGGGCUGUUUCUCAGAAAUCCAAAGCAGGCCUCUCUGGACAGUCAUGCUGCUGGGCAGCUCCAUCGCAAACAUUCCUUUAGCAGCCACAUCCUGAGACGGACAGCCAGUGCACCCACCAAGAGCCAGAAGAAGAACAAGAAGGGCUUUCCUGAAAUUGCUUUUGACACAAAGGACAGCAGCUCUGCAGGGGCUGGAGAAGGGCGGGAAGUGGAAGCUGCCUCCCAGCCUCGCUUUGUGCAAGAGCCAGAGAGUGCUUCCCCAUCCCCAGCUCCCCGAGACGGUGCCGCUGGGGAGGCACCUGGCAAGGGCUUGAAAGGUAAGGCCCAAGGCUCUCCCAGAGGGCCAGGGCAGAGCUGUGCCCACCCCGGGGCUCCUCUCAGCGAGCCCUUGCCCAGGGCACACAGGGUGAGGCUGCAGGAGCCCCAGGGAGAGAAGCAAAGCGUCUUCGCCCGCUGUGCCAUCAACAGCUCGGGCAGGAUCGGAGUGGCCACCAACUGCAUGAAAUGCAUGAUUGGCUCCAAAGAGAGCCCUGACCCAGAGGGGCCGUGGAGUGACCACCCUGGCAGGCCCAUUGCUAGAGACCCCCUGCACCCUGGGCAGGGCAGCAGUGCAGAGGAGAGGGUAGAGCUCAGGACCUGGGUUGUCAGAGGGCAGCCCAGGCCACACUCAGAGUCACAGCCCUGCAGCAGCCCUGGAACUGCAGGUGAUCUGACAAGGAGCACUCAGUCUUUUGUGACCCCAGGGAAGACAAGUGGUGACUCUAAGUGUCACGGAAUGAAGGCUCAUUCCCGGCGGUGGCAGUGCCAACCAGGUGGCAAGUAUGGAAGCACUGUCAACUUGGUUGCAGCCAGCAAUGGCUCUAUAUCCUCCAACUCCAGCAGUCUAGAAAGCCUUGGAAGCCCAGAAUUCCCCAAGCACUGGUCUGAACCUUCUCGAAGGCAAGUGGGCACCCUACAGAGGGAAAUGAAUGCCUUGUUCGUUCAAAAAUUGGAGGAAAUUCGAAGUAAAUCCCCUAUAUUCUUUACUGAUGUCUGCCACUUCUCAAUCCAGAGGUCAGUCACUUCUUUAUGCAGCCUAGAAACAAUCACAGAAGAGCCUGUCCUUGCCAAUGACAACCAUCACUGCAGCCUUCUCUUCCCUCUGCCCGUUACCCCUUACAGUGAUUCUGAGGAAGGAUCUGGGUCUGACCAUUCCACUGAAGCUCCAUCAGAGGGAAGCAGCACACCCAACCAGCCUCAGGAGCCCCCGCCCUCCAGAGAACAAGGAACAAAUCUGGCUGCAGAAGACCAAGGGCAGGAUGUCCCAAGAGCAACUGACACAAGUUUAGUAGCCCCAGAGGAUGAGAGGACAAGCGUGGCAGGAUGUCCCACAGAAGGAAAUGGCUGGACACGGUGCAGUGAGGCUGAAGAUGAGGGUGAAUCAGCAGCACAACCCCAAAAAGCCAGGCCGGUAGAGGCAGCAGAUCACAGUGCUGGCCAACCUGUAGGAAACUGCCAGAAGCAAAGCGGCCAACCACUUCAGGUAUUAACAGACAUGGAAAGCACCUCUGAAUCCGAAGUACAAAACCUGGGUGCAGCAGCUGUUCCACCCCAGCAAAGCAAUGUCAUUAACAGCACACAGGCAGAUUCUCCCCAGAAAGCCCAGGCUGCACAGGCUCUCCCUGUCUCUGCUUCUCAGACGAGCUCUUACAUGGUGGCAAGAAGAGCAAAGAACGAAGGACUGAAGAUGUCAGACUCCUCAGCCUCAAUAAAGAUUCCGAGCAGCCUGUCUCCAGCAGCAGAAGUGUACUUUGAUGCCACUGUCAAUGACCGGAUCUGGAGCAAGCUGGACUGCAGCAGCCACCGUGACAGCAUGUCCUCCUCGUCCAGCAUGUCCUCCAACGACACCGUCAUCGACCUCUCUCUCCCCAGCCUGGCUCGCAAAAGCCUCCCAGACCUGGGCAUCCGCCAGGACGGCCUGGAGCCCCUGGCCAUCAGGAAGGGGAUGCGCCCACGCUCCGCCACCACCUGCAGCAACGAGAUGCCAAUGGUCAGCAAGAGCAAGUCCAACCCCAACCUGAGGUCUGGCCAGCUGCCGGCUGAUGAGCUGUGCCCCCGGCCCCUGGCCAGGAGCCCUCAGGACGCCUUCUCAUCCAUUCCCAGAAGGCACACCUGGAGCAGGCUCUAUAUGGAGAGCCUCAGGCAGUCCUCUAACAAAUCCAAAGCGCACGACGCGGUUGGGAAUAACCAGACAAAGUCCAAAAGCCUCGGGGACCUCACCUCUGACGACAUCGUGUGCACUUUUGAAAGCAAGUACCGCAGCAUCAGCAGGAGCUUCGUCACCCGCUCCAUGCGGGAGCAGCGCCGCUCCUCGGGCCUGCGGCCCUCGGCCAGAUCCCGGGACGAGCUGACCGAGCAGCUGAAGAGGCUGACGGCCUUUCAGCAGGAAAACGACAUCACCUCCCCCAUCAGCCUUGAGCCCAGCGAGUCUGAGGAGGAGGGCGAGAGCGUGGGGCUGCUGCGCCGGUCGUCGUCGCGCAGCCAGAGCCGCGUGCGCUACAUCGCCAACAGGGCCCGGCAGGCCCAGGAGAGGCAGCGCCUGCAGGGCCGGGCGCAGCUCGGGGGGAGCCCCAUCGAGGAGAGGGGCAACCCCGAGGGUGCCUGCAGCGUGGGCAGGGCUGGCUGCACCGACCUUGCUGCCCACGCCGCCCUGCCAUCCUCGCCCAAAGCCCAGCCCGACUGCGGGGCGGACACCGAGGUGUUCUUCAUGCUCAAACUGUGA